UUUGUCUUGGUCCCCGUCGCCUCUCUCGGCUCGCGGAAGGCGCGCCCCCCGCCCCCGCCGGCCGGCCCCGCCCCGUCCCGCUUCCUCCCAGGCCGCUGGCACCGCUGCCGCUCCACGGGCAGAGCAGCCGGGCGCGGGCGAGGCGGCGGCAGCGGCGGCGAUGGCAGGGAAAGAGUUGGAGCGAUGCCAGCGGCAGGCCGACGAGGUGACAGAAAUCAUGCUCAACAACUUCGACAAGGUCCUGGAGCGCGAUGGGAAGCUGGCAGAGCUACAGCAGCGUUCGGACCAACUGCUGGACAUGAGCUCAGCCUUCAGCAAGACAACCAAGAUCGUGGCCCAGAAGAAGCGCUGGGAGAAUAUCCGCUGCCGGGUCUACUUGGGGCUGGUGGUGGCCGGAGGCCUGCUCAUCAUCCUGAUUGUACUGCUGGCCGUCUUUCUCCCGCAAAACAGUGGAGACAGUACUGCCCCACAAGCCCAGGAUGCAACCACUGCCUCAGGAUCUGGGGAAUGACCCAGCUGGGCCUGGAGAGAGGCCGAAGAGCUGCACGGGCCAGUUCUAGUCUCCAGAGAACCCUGCUAUUGGCUCCUGUCUGAGCCACCUCAGUGAGUGCCAGAGGGCAGCCCAGAUGUGGGUACCUUUGCAUCUCCCAACAAGCCACAGACUGGCCCUCAAGGGCGGCCUCCUGCACUGGCCAUGCCGGGCCAGCCCCACCUGGAGCUCAGUAAAAGCUGCUGUUGGAUUAAAAGAUGAUGAUGAUG